CAACCCCUCAUUUUACCAGCAGAAUAGAACAACCUAAACCCCACGACGGAUAGACACGGCGGCGCAAUGCUCCGGUCAAGGUCAUAAUGUGUCGAUACCGACGGUUAUUCAGCCACCACACAAACGCCACCAUGCUCUUCCUCUCCUCACCGUCGUCUCAAACCCUAAUUCUCCGAUCAUUCCGAACACUCAUCUCCCUCUCAUCAAACCCUAUCACUCUGUUCACACCACCACAGAACCCCAUACCACUCUUCAAUCAAACCCUAACUCUACGCCGGUUCUCACAUUCGUCCAAUUCGCCUCCGAUUGUACCGCCGGUUCGUGAAUUCUUCGGUUUUAGUCCGAACGCUGUAAUCAGUAAAUGUAUUUCGUCUGUUUCGUCGUCGUCUUCUUCGGCUCCGUCGGUGGCGGAUGCGGUGGAGGUGGAUGAGAAAGGUGAGGAGUCCGGUGAUGAGGUGGUUGAUGAGGAUGUGAAGCCGUCUAUUCCUGUUAGGGCUUAUUUCUUCUCUACUAGUGUGAAUUUGAAGGAGUUAAUGGACCAAAACAGACCUAAUUACAUCCAGCCUACUUCCAGGAUGACUAAUUAUGUUGUACUGAGAUUUGGCAACACCAAGCCUGAGUCUAUUGGUUUGGGUGCAAGUUUAAGUGGGAGUGACAGUGUCUAUAUGGUAGUUUUUCAGUAUGGUUCAGUUGUCUUGUUUAACGUUCGUGAACAUGAAAGUGAGCGGUAUCUUAAAAUUGUAAAAGAACAUGCUUCAGGAGAGCUAUCCGAACAGGAAAUGAGAAAGGAUGAGUAUGAAGUAAAGGAGAAACCAACGUUGGAGACAUGGAUGGAAGGUGGAUUAGAUUACAUAAUGCUUCAAUAUUUGAAUACUGAUGGGAUUCGUACAAUUGGCAGUGUUCUGGGCCAGAGUGUAGCUCUUGAUUACUAUGUUCGUCAGGUUGAUGGGAUGGUCGGGGAAUUUACAGACAUUAAUCGUGGCAUGGAAAAAACUGGAACCUUCACAAUGAAAAGAAAAAAAUUAUUUCAGUUGGUGGGGAAGGCAAAUUCAAAUCUUGCUGAUGUCAUACUUAAGCUUGGGCUUUUUGAGAGAUCUGAUAUUGCCUGGAAGGAUGCGAAAUAUGCACAAAUUUGGGAGUAUCUAAGAGAUGAAUUUGAGUUAACUCAGAGAUUUGCAAGUUUGGAUUUUAAGUUGAAAUUUGUGGAGCACAACAUCCGGUUCCUUCAAGAGAUACUGCAGAACAGGAAAUCAGACUUUCUAGAGUGGCUGAUUAUUAUUCUCAUAGGUGCCGAAAUUCUUAUAUCUGUUUAUGACAUCGCGCACAAGUCUGUCACGUCUCUAUAGAACAAUUCAUUUUGUUAAUAAUUUUGCGAGUAUGUAUUUAACCUUUAUAUUCAGUCUACAGAAAUAGUCUUUCUAUGGGAAGAUGCAUAAGUCCUGGGACAACAUUUUAGUUAAUGUAGUAUGAUUUUCUCGCUCUUUUAAUGGUUAAAGCCCAAAAAAGGGCUGCUUCAUA